CGGAGAUUCCUCUUUGGGGGCGCGCUCAGGGCUUAGGGUUUCCUCAUAUCGAUAAGGGGACCCUUAUCAGUGACUUUCCCCCGCCAUUGUCAUCCAUGGAUCAGCCAACUUACAAAGUCCAUGAUAAUAUCUAACCCCUGAAUACUUCAUUGAGUCCUCUAGCUCUGCACAUAGAACGCCGUAAUGCACUCGUCAUCGGAUAUUCCUAUUCCUCUAUGGCUAGACUGCGAUCCGGGCCACGAUGAUGCAUUUGCCAUUCUUCUUGCCGCCCAUCAUCCCUCUCUGCAUUUAUUGGGCAUCACCACAGUCCACGGCAAUGCCUCUUUGGAGAACACAACCAACAAUGCUACAAGGAUAUUGGAAGCCAUUGGGCGGCCAGAUAUUCCUGUAUAUCCAGGUCAUAAAAAGCCUUUCUGUAGGCCUGCAAUCCAUGCUCCCAAUAUUCACGGUGAUUCUGGUAUCGACGGAACCGAACUUCUACCGAAGGCUACAAAGGCCCCAAUAACAGACAAGAACCCAAUUCUGGCAAUGCGAGAUGCCCUCUUAGCACAGCCAAAGGGAACGCCUUGGGUCAUAGCAACCGGGACCUUAACCAACGUAGCUUUGCUCUUUGCGACAUUUCCUGAAGUAGCAGAGCAUAUUCAAGGUCUAAGUAUCAUGGGUGGUGGAGUUGGCGGAGGCUUUACAGAUGCACCUAUGAGUCGACUUAUUGGUGAAGAGUCAAGGAUUGGGAAUAUCACCCCUCUGGCAGAAUUUAACAUCUACUGCGACCCAGAGGCAUCCCAGUCGAUAUUCCGCAAUCCUGUCAUCGCUUCCAAGACGACGUUGAUCACUCUUGACUUAACACACCAAGUCCUCGCCUCGCAAUCUGUGCAGUCCCGCGUCUUGCAUGGUGGUGAUGACCUUUCGGUUCCUCCAACAGUUCUCCGGCAGAUGCUAUUCGACCUUCUUGUUUUCUUUGCGUCAACUUAUGAAAAUGUUUUUGGAUUGACUAGUGGGCCUCCCUUGCACGACCCUCUUGCGGUCGCGGUAAUCCUGUCAACCCUCAACCCGGUGUAUGCGAAACUGCAUCCCGAUCAAGUUUUAAGGUUUGACGAUAGGAACGGGGAGCGAUUUGAUGUCGACGUCGUCACUGAUGGUCUCCACGGGACCGAUGUCGAGCUAGUCGGCGAGCUUGGUCGGUCAAGGGUUAUAUCUGGUACUAACGGAGUUGCCAUUCCCCGGGGAGUGGAUCUGGAUGCGUUCUGGAAUAUGAUACUGGACUGCCUUAGGCGUGCGGAUGAAUGUAAUGCUGCGCGGAAGCUGGCGUGAUGUAUAGAUGAAGAUGUUAGAGAUGGGCUGCUUGACCCUUAAGACGGGUUGUCUGUCGAUUACUCAAGCUAUGUAAGCUUAUUUGUCUACUUUAGAAAGAUUUCAAGACUUCUGCAGAUUAUUUGCGCA